AAAGCGGUUGAUGAUGUGGUGCCGGGAGGUUCCGCCCUCCAGCCCGAGCCCUCUCCGGUUUGGCGGAUGAAGCAGAAAUCUGAUUGGGAAUUGAAACAACAUGAGGAGAUGGUGAACAAUGUGACCAAUCAGCAAUGGCCGCCUCCCCAAUCCCCACCGAAGGUAGAAGAGGCCGCAAUGUGGGCGGAUUGCAGCAUUCUCUGUGGAAGUGCUUGUGAGAUUGUGACAAUGUCUGGAAGAGGAAAGGGCAGUGGGGGCAAAGCUCGCAAUAAGGCCAGGUCUCGGUCAUCCCGGGCUGGCCUGCAGUUCCCGGUGGGCCGUGUUCACAGGCUCCUGAGAAAGGGCAACUAUGCUGAGCGGGUGGGGGCCGGAGCGCCGGUCUAUCUGGCUGCGGUGCUGGAGUAUCUGGCGGCUGAAGUGCUCGAGUUGGCCGGGAACGCGGCCCGGGACAACAAGAAGACCCGCAUCAUCCCCAGGCACCUGCAGCUGGCCGUGCGCAACGACGAGGAGCUCAACAAGCUGCUGGGAGGGGUGACCAUCGCUCAGGGCGGGGUGCUGCCUAAUAUCCAGGCCGUGCUGCUGCCCAAGAAAUCCGCCGCUGCUGGGGCCGCGAAAAAGUGAAGGCACCGUUCUUGAAUCUGACAACCCAAAGGCUCUUUUAAGAGCCACCCACAGCAUCUGGGAAAGAGAGGAGACCCUGCCAGCUAGCCGAUUAAUGUUGCCUUUUAAUGUGAAGGGCCCGGGAUGUGGUCAUUGAUCGUGAAUCAUGCUAAUAAUCGCGAAAAGAAAUUAGUUUUAUUUCAAUACGGAGAGGACCGGACAUGGAUCCCGGUGUCGGUUAUUUUCUGUCUCGUUGUUGGAGACUGUAUUGUCACUGUGGGAGCAGGGAGAGUUUAUCAUCA